AUGAUGCAAGCCAAGAAGAUCAAGUACGACGUCAUAGCGACGAGACGACGUCCCCCUCUCAACGCCAUAUAUGAAACUGGAGAAGAGCUGUUCUUAGGAACAUGUGACAGUAGAGGUGUUGGUGGAGUUGGCGUCCUCGUCAACACGAAUAUGGAAAAGAACAUCGACUCUUUCGAACAACUUACGACCCGAAUCGGACGUCUGCGGAUGAGAAGAUGUGGCCCAAUACCAGCUUUGACUAUCUUCGUCGCUUACGCUCCAACAUCAAGCUACGAAGAAGUCGAAGCUUUCUAUAUGGACCUGGAGAAGUUCUACCAAGAAGAUCAUGCCUUCUACAAGGUCAUAAUUGGCGAUUUCAACGCUAAGGUUGGCCCAAGAAAAAUGCCGGAGAAACUUCACAUCGGGACCCACGGCCUACAAUGGAAUGACCAGGGGGAGAGGCUCUCCGAGAUCAUCAUGACGACUAAGACCAUCCAUGGGAACUCGCAAUUCCAGAAGCCCUCCUCUCUACGCUGGACGUGGGAGUCACCCGGUGGAGGGUACCGUAAUGAAAUAGACCACAUCAUCGUCAAUAAAAGAGGGAGAAAUCCCAGAACUAUUAGCAACUGGGAUCUCUUCGCUACGCUAGCCGGCUUUUGGAAAGAUUCCGCAAUGGACAACAUCGACGAGGAAUGUGACCGGCUCGUUGAACACCUUCACGACUGUGCGAAGAAGGCUGAGAGUCGCAGGGAACCAAGAACUCACGUCCGUGCUCGCAACGCUUUGCAGAGAGGCGAUAAAGGAAGACUUUAA